GCUGAGAUAAAGCCGUACGGGAUAUGAUGGUCAGAUAAUGUGGUAUUGGCUGCGAAGUGCUUCAGGUUACAUCAACACGUCUCAAGUUACAUUACUCGAAGUCAUCACUAGCGGGUAGAAGUGAAUCUUGUCCAGUGCAGAGUUUGAUCAACUCACAGCCAAAUUUUUAGCUCUUUACUCUUGAACCAUGAAGUUUUUUCUAGAAGAAAUCCUAGGGCUUGUAGUGAUUGGAUUGUUUGCCGUGAGUGUUAGCAGUCAACAAAUAAGUACCUGUGAAAACACUUUUUGCCCUUAUGGUCGCAUGUGCGUGGAACAGACUGGUGGAGGAACAAUCUGUCAGUGCCCAGAAGAAUGUCCUGUCACUGUUGAACCAGUUUGUUCAGUGUAUGGAAAAGAGUUUGACAACAUGUGUGAGCUACACAAGUUUGCGUGUGCUCUGGGUGUCAGCAUUGCCGUCAAGCACAGGGGCUUGUGUACGGAAGAUGAUUUGAAUCCGCGUACUCGCUGCAAUGACUAUCAACUGCUGCAGUUUCCAUAUCGUUUUCUUGAUUGGCUCAUGAUUGCGAGAGGAAUGUCGUUAAACCCGAAGUUCAGACUUGGUAGACGAGCAGAAGCGCUCAGAGAAGAAGAGGUCAGGGACAYUACGCUGUGGGAAUUCGAAAACCGUGACAAGGACAAGAACAGAGAGCUCGACGACAAUGAAAUCAAAACGAUUGAAAAUCGCCUGUUGCCUCUAGAAAGUUGUAUUCAUGGCUUCUUGAAAUCUUGUGAUCUGGAUGGUGUUGGUGGGAUCAGUGCAAGGGAGUGGUCUACGUGCUUUCCCAGAGGAAGGAGGAGUGAAGCCACAGGAAGCAGAAAAUUAUAAAGACCUGCUUUCCAGCUUCUUCUACACUAUACUUGGUAUCAUUUUUAUUUGUUUAUCAUUUGUUGCUGUUGAUCUAAAAUCCAGAAGCGAGGAGGAUUGAUUGAAUGACGAUACGCACGAUAAACGAAUUUUUUCAUCUUUCAUGUGGUAUUUUUCUUAUUAUUUUGCUUUUCUUGUUAUUAUAGAUAGUAUAUUUAUGUCUUGAAAGUAAUGCGUUGAUAUAUUAAAAUGAUCAAAUUUGUUUGAAUUUUGCUACUUCUGAUGAAUAAUAGAUUAAAAAUUAAUUUUACA